AAGUGAGGUUGAGCUGCUGUGUGUUUGUGUCUCUGUAUUCAUGCAGUAAAAUGGCAGAAGCCAGAUUUUCUCAGGAUGAGUUCACAUGUCCAGUGUGUCUGGAUCUCCUGAAGGAUCCAGUGACCAUCCAGUGUGGACACAGUUACUGUAAGAGCUGUAUUACAGACUGCUGGGAUAAGGAGGAUCAGAUGAGAGUCUACAGCUGCCCUCAGUGCAGACAGACCUUCAGUCCAAGACCUGCUUUAGCUAGAAACACCAUGCUGAGUGAACUGGUGGAGAAACUGAAGAAGACCAAACUACCUGCUGACUGUUACGCUGGAGCUGGAGAUGUGCAGUGUGACGUCUGUACUGGAAGAAAAUACAAAGCCGUCAAGUCCUGUCUGAUGUGUCUGAACUCUUACUGUCAGAAUCACCUUGAACAGCAUGAGAGUUUGUUUAAAGGAAAGAGACACAAUUUCAUCGACGCCACUGGACGACUGCAGGAGAUGAUCUGCCAGAAACAUGAGAAGCUCCUCGAGGUUUUCUGUCGCACUGAUCAGAAAUGUAUAUGUGUGCUGUGUACGAUGGAUGAACAUAAAAACCAUGACACUGUAUCAGCUGCAGCACAGAGGACAGAGAAACAGAAGCAGCUGAAGGAGACGCAGAAGACGUUCCAGCAGAGAAUCCAGCAGAGAGAGAAAGAUCUCCAGCAGCUGAGAGAGGCUGUGGAGGCUCAUAAGCGCUCUGCACAGACAGCAGUGGAGGACAGUGAGAGGAUCUUUAAUGAGCUCAUCCGCUCCAUUGAGAAAAGCCGCUCUGAGCUGAUACGGCUGAUCAGAGAUCAGGAAAAGCAAGCAGUGAGUCGAGCUGAAGAACAACUGGAUCGACUGGAGCAGGAGAUCAAUGAUCUGAGGAGGAGAGACGCUGAGCUGGAGCAGCUUUCACACACACAGGAUCACAUCCAGUUCCUGCAGAGUUUCCAGUCUCUCUCAGCACCUCCUGAAUCUACAGACGUAAAUGAUGAUCCCUUCAGUUCUCUCUUCUCUUUUGAUGACCUGAGAGAAUCUGUCCAUCAGCUGAGAGAACAACUGGAGGAUUUCUGCAAAGAGGAGCUCAAGAAGAUUUCAAACAGAGUCACAUUCACCAACAGUGUUCCCAGGACCAGGAACGACUUCCUACAAUGUUGGUUGGGGGCCCCCCUACUUCGACCGCCGGUAGGGGGCCCCAAGCAACCUCCUACCUAUGCCUCUAUGUUAAGACCGCCACUGCAUGUUCUUCCUGUAGAAGAUUCCCGUCAGCUCACUCUGGAUCUGAACACAGUGAAUAAAUACCUCCAUCUGUCUGAGAACAACAGAGUGAUUACUAACACUAGCACAGUCCAGCCGUAUCCUCAUCAUCCAGACAGAUUUGAUGUGUGUCGUCAGGUGUUGUGUAGAGAGAAUGUGUGUGGACGCUGUUACUGGGAGCUGGAGUGGAGUGGACGUAAUAAUGGUUUGCGUAUAUCAGUGUCAUAUAAGAACAUUAGCGGGAAUGGACAAGGUUUUGAGUGUUUGUUUGGAUUCAAUGAUCAGUCCUGGUGUUUGUUCUGCACUCCCUCCAGAUACUCAUUCAUUCACAAUAACAUACGGACUGAUCUCCCUGUAAAGCCCAUCAGCAGUAGAAUAGGAGUGUUUGUGGAUCACAGAGCAGGAACUCUGUCCUUCUACAGCGUCUCUGACACAAUGAGCCUCAUCUACACAGUCCAGACCACAUUCACUCAGCCGCUCUAUCCUGGGUUUGCUUUUGGUUCUGGAUCAUCAGUGAAACUGUGUUGAGUUCUUCAGGCCCUUCGUUUCGUGGUCCUUGGCUUUUCUCCACGACUUUCAGAGGAAGCAACUAGCUUAACAGGAUCUCCUCCCGUCUCCUACUCUAUUUGGAAGCUUGGCAUCUCGGCUGUGGGUCUUGCGGGUUCCCUGCUCACUGUUUCAUUGGAAAGAACCUGUUACGGGGCUGACGAGACGUGCAAUGGUGGGCUAAGUAGCACUGUGGUGCUAAACCUGGAUACAGUUCCUCCAGAGCAAGUUUGCACCUGGGUGUUGCAAAAUUUUGCUUUCCCCUGGUGGAUUCGCAAGCCCUGGGAAAAAGAAAGUGACAAGGUAGUUGAGCUGUCAAGUGUGUUUGUGUCUCUGUAUUCAUGCAUUAAAAUGGCAGAAGUCAGAUUUUCUCAGGAUGAGUUCAUGUGUCCAGUGUGUCUGGAUCUCCUGAAGGAUCCAGUGACCAUCCAGUGUGGACACAGUUACUGUAAGAGCUGUAUUACAGGGUUCUGGGAUCAGGAGGAUCAGACGAGAGUCUACAGCUGCCCUCAGUGCAGACAGACCUUCAGUCCAAGACCUGCUUUAGCUAGAAACACCAUGCUGACUGAACUGGUGGAGAAACUGAAGAAGACCAAACUUUCUGCUGACUGUUACGCUGGAGCUGGAGAUGUGCAGUGUGACGUCUGUACUGGAAGAAAAUACAAAGCCAUCAAGUCCUGUCUGAUGUGUCAGGAAUCUUACUGUCAAACUCAUUUUGACCAUCAUGAGGAAUUUCAUUCAUAUAAGCCACACAAAGUGAUUGAUGCCACUGAACGACUACAGGAGAUGAUCUGCCAGAAACAUGAGAAACAUCUGGAAAUGUACUGUAUUCCUGACCAACAAUACAUUUGUGAGCUGUGUACAAAAUAUGAACACAAAAACCACGACACUGUAUCAGCUGCAGCACAGAGGACAGAGAAACAGAAGCAGCUGAAGGAGAUGCAGAAGAUGUUCCAGCAGAGAAUCCAGCAGAGAGAGAAAGCUCUCCAGCAGCUGAGAGAGGCUGUGGAGUCUCAUAAGCGCUCUGCACAGACAGCAGUGGAGGACAGUGAGAGGAUCUUUACUGAGCUCAUCCGCUCCAUUGAGAGAAGCCGCUCUGAGCUGAUACGGCUGAUAAGAGAUCAGGAAAAGACUGCAGUGAGUCAAGCUGAAGAACGACUGGAGCGACUGGAGCAGGAGAUCAAUGAUCUGAGGAGGAGAGACGCUGAGCUGGAGCAGCUUUCACACACACAGGAUCACAUCCAGUUCCUGCAGAGUUUCCAGUCUCUCUCAGCACCUCCUGAAUCUACAGACGUAAAUGACGAUCCCAUCAGAUCUCUCUUCUCUUCUGAUGACCUGAGAGAAUCUGUCCGUCAACUGAGAGACAAACUGGAGGAUUCCUGCAAAGAGCAGCUCAAGAAGAUCUCAGACCGAGUCAUAUUCACCAACAGUGUUCCCAGUACCAGGAACGACUUCCUUCAAUAUUCCCAUCAGCUCACUCUGGAUCUGAACACAAUGAAUAAACACCUCCAUCUGUCUGAGAGCAACAGUGUGAUUACCAACACUGGCACAGUCCAACCGUAUCCUGAUCAUCCAGACAGAUUUAGUUAUUGGCCUCAGGUGUUGUGUAGAGAGAGUGUUUGUGGACGCUGUUACUGGGAGCUGGAGUGGAGUGGAGAUAAUGGUGUGCAUAUAUCAGUGUCAUAUAAGAGAAUCAGCAGGAAGGGAUCGGGUACAGUGUUUGUGUUUGGAUUUAAUGAUCAGUCCUGGAGUUUCAUCUGCUCUCCCUCCAGAUACUCAUUCAUACACGAUAAGCUAGAGACUGUUCUCCGUGUAAAGCCCAUCAGCAGUAGAAUAGGAGUGUAUGUGGAUCUCAGUGCAGGAACUCUGUCCUUCUACAGCGUCUCUGACACAAUGAGCCUCAUCUACACAGUCCAGACCACAUUCACUCAGCCGCUCUAUCCUGGGUUUUGGGUUUCUAGAGGAUCAUCAAUGAAACUGUUGAUAAAUCAGAAUAGAACUGAGCAGAGAUUCUACCCAUAAUGAUUUGAGCUGCAUGAUAAAUCAGUAACAGUGAGAUGUAUAGAGUUCUCUUCAUGACAUUAAUACGACAGCUGAACUUCCUGUCUGUGAAACAUGUCAGUAUACAUGUGUGUAAUAAAUUCUCAUAUAGACAGUAAGAUUAUUUUGUGAGUUGUUUUCCUUGUUCAAAAUAAACUGCUCUAAGGAGGUUUUGAAUUCAGAUAGACCUUUAUUAAGUUAACAAAAGGCCGAGUGGAUGUUCGAACAGCACUACUGAGUCUUGUCUCAAACUCGCAUAUAUACAUCCUGAAGUUUUCACAGCAUUCCAUAUAUGCACCGUUGUAUAUUUGGACAGUUAUCUUUUACCAUAUAUGAGUUCUUGAAGUAUGAUCAAUCAGUCAUGUAUGCAUUUCUAGGUCCUGAUCAGAUUCUUUCCAUAUAUGAGUGACUCUCCAGACCCAAAUUGUUUACUCUAUUCUAGGCUCACUGCAACCCUUUAUACACAGUUGCUUCACACAAUCAAACUAGAUAAUAGUAGAUAAUAGUAGGCAUAAUUCUAUUAAUUGUAUUAAUUCAAGAUUAAUGAAAAUCUUCUACAGAGUCCUGCUGAGUGAUGAUGUGUUUCUGUGCUUUACUCAACCACUGUGUUGAUUGAAAUCAUUAAAGAGUACAAAUGCCACAAAGUGAGACUGGACACGACCCUGGUUGAGUCUCAGGAAGCUAUAAUCAAGCGGCUGCUCCCAGACUGGUAACUGGGAGGAAUUGGACUCCAACUGAGGCCAUACAGCAAACAAAAUCUGCUCUCAGGCACAGAUAUGCUGAAGGGCAGGUCCAGCAGGGAAGACCCAAAGCAAAUCUGCCCAGAGAAAAAAGCUGGUAGAAGCCAAAGUCUGGCAGCAAGAGGAGGCAGUCCAGACAGGGACAAUGGAGUAACAGAAAAUGGAGAAACGUAAGCUCACCUGGAAGGAUCUUUUGGAGAUGGAGGGAAGUACAGUUUCAUAAUCAGAGCCACCUAUGAUUUUCUUCCCACACCCAAAACACUAAGCCAGUGGAUUUGAGAAGAUCCAUCGUGUCCUCUUUGUCAAACCCUUGCAAUGUUAACCCCCUGAGGUCGAAGCCCACACUGGUGCGGUCUGUCUCAUAUUUUCUUAAUGACCGUGAAAAUAAUUAAAUUACUCAGUUUUGAUCGUACAGAUAAGAAUAAUGUAUCAAACUGCAAAGGGUCUACUUUUAUUUGUGUAUAGUCAUCAUGACAACAAAACAAUGUUCUUUUGUAAAAUAAAGAAAAUAUACAGAGUGUGUUC